AUGUCUUCCAAGCACUUGUUGCUCUUGAUCCUCAGCUUGGUGGCUCUCGCAGCCCCGGCCCUAGCUGAGUACGCCAUGCCGCCCGAGCACGGCAAGCACAAGCCUCACCACCAUGGGGCCAUGCCGCCCGCUUGGGCGCCACACCACGGGCACAAGCCCCACCACCAUGGGGCUAUGCCACCUGCUUGGGCACCACACCACGGGCACAUGCCGCACCACAAGCCUGGCGCCCCAGGGCCGAUGCCCGAGCUUUUGGAGAAGCCGUUCCCAGGCCACCACCACCACCACCCGCCUGCCCACGCCCCCUUCCCGCAUCACGGUCACCACCCAGCUCACGCACCGUUCCCGCACCACGGCCACCACCAUGGAGCGCACCCGCCAAUGGAGAGCGGCAAGGCCCCUCACAAGCCGCACAUGCCACAUGCACCAGCCCCCGGUCAUCCCUACUGA